GGUGCUACCAUUGCUAAUGAUCGUGCUACUCAUAACAUUGAAAAAGCAUUUGGUUACAUGGAGCGUGGAAUGAAAAAGAGGUACGAAGACCACACUCAUCCAUUGCUUAAAAUGGAAACGAAACCAGUGAAGGCUUAUCAAAAUAGAAGAGAAAGUCAAACUCUUGAGGAACUUGCCCUGUUAAAAGGUGAUGAUCCUGCCGUCCGAAUGGAGGGACUUUUAAUCCGAGAGAGAAUCCUUGGGACUGAAAAUACAAUGCUUCUCGAUAACAUCAGAUACAGUGGAUCCGUGUUUGCCGAGUCUCAGCAGUUUGAGGUUUGUAUUGGUUUGUGGAUACGAGCAAUGGAGAUAGCCAUGAACGGAGAUGUUCCAGUGGCAGAAGAUGUCGGUAACUGUAUAGAUUUAUUUGCAGAAAUGGUUCAAGGAGGUCACCGAUUAGGAUCCAAAACUGUAGAUGAGGUCAUUGAAAAACUAGUUGAUGCAAAUGAAAAACUAACAGGGAAGUUACGAUCUUGGAAAUCGCAAAAGGGCCAUGAAAAAGAGGAGCAAGAAACAUUGCUUUUUUAUGCUCUCUAUCUGUUGAUGAUAUAUACCAAAGUUCAAGAUCCCCUGGAAAUGAAAAAUUCCCCCAUGAUCAUCUGUCUUCAGAGAUUUCUACGUUCAAACCCACGCACCCGUGAUGGGAAUACACUUCUACACUUAGCUGUGUGGCAUAAAACUCCAGUUCACAAAGCUAGAGUAAAAAUACUGUGCAAGCUUCCCUGUGUGGAGAUCAUCAAAGUAAUUUUAUUUGCAGGUUGUGAUGUGAAUGCCGUAAACGAAGAGGGAGAUACGCCUCUUCAUCUAGCUGUGACUCUCAAACCGAAACCUGAAGAAAGGGAGACGUUGAAGGAGAUGUUGGAGUUGUUGUUAGUUAACGGCGCAUUCACAAAGCUUGUAAACACCAAUUAUCUCACAGCUAUGGACUGCUGCGAGACUGAGGAGGCCCGCAUGAUCCUGUUGAGGAAAAGUAGACAGAAUGCCAUGAAAGUCGAUGCUAAUGAUGAGGUAACUGGAACUU